AGCUAAUGCGGAUAAUGCCCAGGACACGUUGAGCAUGCAGUGCUGUGGAUUUACUGAAGGCAGUGAACAGAGAGGCCGCUUCUGCUUCCUAGAUUAUGUUCAGAAUAAAUGUUAAUCUAUGGACACAACAUGUAGAUUGAAAGCUGGACUUGAUGUGGGAACCUUUUUUUCCGGUGGAUUUGACAGUAGGCGAUGAUGAGAGUUGAUGGCGAAUUCCAGAGGUUCGAUGGCAGUGUGAGGUGCAACAAGUAGCCAACCUGGAGGAGAGUUUUCCAUCUCAAAAUGGACUCGUAUGGCUCAUCCCUAAAUCGCAGCCAGUCAUUGGCAAGUGGCCUUGAGAAAACGUCGCCAACAUGGAACAAACCAGCACACUCUCGAAGCAGCAGCACGCUGUCGUCUCGCCAAUCCAGACAGAUUAUCAAAGACUGGGAGGUAAUUGAUGAUCUUCAAGUGGAAGUGAAUGUAGCCGGAGAGAACCAUCAGGAGAUCACGGCACCCGGUAUCUGUGAAGGAUAUCUACUAAAGAGGAGGAAGUGGCCGCUCAAAGGAUGGCAUAAGCGAUACUUUGUCCUGGAAAAAGGAGUGUUGCGUUAUUGCAAACAUCAACAUGAUGUCUACAGGGGCAGAGUGCAGGGCUCCAUAGAUGUCAGUCUUGCCGUCAUCUCUAUCAACAAGAAGUCAAAUCGGAUUGACCUGGAUGCUGGAGACAUUCUCUACCACAUGAAGGCCAAGAGCCAUGAGCUUUUCUACAUUUGGGUGACAAAGCUACAAGCCCAUCGACUGUACAGAAAGAACCAGACUGCAGCUGUUCAAGGAGGGUUGCAACAGAUUCAGUCUCAGGCCACUUCUACAGGGGACGCUCAUAAGAACGGAGAUUUGGGAUCGGCAUGUUUAGUGGAAUCAGCGGCAUCAUCGAGGCUGCUUCCAUCAGCUCACACUGCGGUCAACAGUAAAGUGGCUGCCUGGUUGCAACAGAGUCAACACCCAGACCUCUGUAUUCAAGAGUUGAACCGUUGUCAUUUGGAUCUUUCGGAGCUAAACCGCUUAGUGCAGAAGCUUCAGGUCCUGGAGGCCGGCCAGACUUUUACGAAUGGAGAAUUACAGCGCAUCAUCAGCGUACAGAAUCUCUCACUUGAGAAGCCAAGGAAGCACAAAACAGGGAAAAUGUGGGGCCACUCUCGGACACUGUCCCGAGUAGAAGCCUUAGGAAUGCCACUCCGUGGGAUCACAAAAUCGCUGUCCUCCACUCACCUGAGCAGCUCCUCCCACCUUGGCGCUUCCGUCCCUUCCAUUCCUGACUAUGUUCACACCCAAUUGUCUCCUCCUGGGACAUCAUCAGAAGGCAAAAAAAUCCAGCAGGACAUCUAUUCCGUGUCACUACGAGUUCUCACCUCACUGACGUCCGUUCAUGAGAGUCUGUCUCAGGAACGACAGAAACUGGAGGAAAUUUGGGACACCAACAACAUCCUCCAGUUGAACACCAUCACUGAAGCAGCAGCUGUCAGAGCUUCACCACAAGGCCCCUCGUCGGUGGCUGAUUCUGCCGCAGAGUAUUUCGAUGCCAGUGACGACAUCCUGUGUGGAAGCUCCUCUGUGUCUGAUGAGUCCGGACUCAGUGAUGGAACCACGACCAACUCAGAACCAGAAGAAGGACAUGGGUCUGCGACCAGGAAAUACCGAGCCAGCGUUUCCAAAGCACCAAACAGCUUCAUCCCUAAAAGCACCGGCCGCCAGUCUCUGCCUGCUAUCUGCCCUGACAACAGUCACGUGGGCCUCAUGGCUAUUCUCUACAACAAUAUCGGUAAAGACCUGGCUCGGGUGUCCAUGCCUGCUGCUCUAAAUGAGCCUCUGAACCUGCUGCAGAGACUCUGUGAGGAGCUGGAGUACAGUGAAUUACUGGACACGGCAAACAACACACCAGAUCCCUAUGAGAGAAUGGUUUACAUCGCUGCCUUUGCAGUCUCUGGUUACGCCACAGCAACGUUCAGAAACCGCUACAAGCCCUUUAACCCUGUGCUGGGGGAGACUUAUGAGUGUGCGAGAGAGGACCGUGGCUUUCGUCUCAUCAGUGAGCAGGUGUGCCAUCACCCACCCAUCUCAGCAUGUCAUGCUGAUUCGGAGAAUUUCUCAUUUUGGCAAGACCAGCGCUGGAAAAACAAAUUCUGGGGAAAGUCUCUGGAGAUUGUUCCGACAGGGAUGGUGAACGUGACGCUAACGAGGUACGGAGAUCAUUAUGAAUGGAACAAAGUUGUCACCUGCAUCCACAAUGUGCUGAGUCAGCAGCGCUACCUGGAGCACUAUGGAGAAGUCACAAUCCGCAACCUAAAGAGCAACGUGUGCACCUGCAAGAUCACAUUUGUCAAGUCUCGAUAUUGGGGCUCGGACACCAACAAGAAUGAGGUGCAGGGUACCGUAAUUGACCAGACUGGGAGUGUGAUUCACCGGUUUGGAGGCCUGUGGCAUGAAGGCAUCUUCUGUGACACUCUCCCAGUGCCUAAAUGUGUCUGGAAACCAAACCCGCAGCCAAAGGAUCACCUGAUGUACUACGGCUUCUCUGCCUUUGCCAUGGAGCUGAAUGAACUCCCUCCGAAAUUGAAAGCACUGCUGCCCCCUACAGACACUCGCCUGCGCCCGGACCAGAGACUGUUGGAGGAGGGCAAGGUGGAGGCGACGGACAAGAAAAAAGACGAGAUAGAGGAGUGUCAGCGGGAGCGGAGAAAAGAUUUGGCAAAAAAGGGUGAAGAGCAUGAACCUCGAUUUUUCAAGAAAGCCAAAGAUGCUUGUGGACGUGAUGUCUGGCUGUCGAAUGGGACAUACUGGAAGCUCAGACAGGAUCCGGGCUUUGCAAAUUUGGAAAACAUAACUCUGUGGUGAGAAGUUGGAUUAAGGCACUUGGAGAAAUACUUGAACUAGCAGCAUUGAUGAUCCACUCAGGGAAUCUGUUUUUUUUUUCUUUUUCCACGGAGAUGGUGCUGAUAUCAAAAUGUCCAUGACUGGCUCAUGGAUGGAACACUGCAGUCUGAGGAUAUACUGUACCUGUCUGUGCACAUCAGGGUCCAGAUAGGUUUUAUAAUAUAUCUCCUGAUGGAUGAUGUGAACAAGAGACAUUUUAUUCUUUAGGAAGGUUGCAAUGCGAACUUCAUUCAAAGCAAUACAUUUUAAAUUUAUAGACAUUUUUACACUGUAACAAUAUUUUAUAAUAUCUAUAUUAUAUAUGGAGACGACUCUGAUCAUUGUCAAGAUAAAUAAGUAUUCUUUAGAAUGUUAACCAUGUGAAUAUUUAUGUGUACUGUUGAAUUAUUAGCAAUAAACCACAUUAUACAUGGUCACAUUGCUGCAACAUUUAACUUUUAUAAACCGCUCAACUCAAUUAAAAUUGAAUCAGUCAAUCUGGGUUCAUGAUUCAAUACAAUGAAAUGACACCAAUUUGUUGGAAAUAUGUAUGUAUGCUUUGUCUACAUAGAAUAAAGUUUUGACGAAUGACACGUGAGCUUGAAUAUUCAUGUUGAACUUUAAUGAUAUUGAUUUAAAAAAAAAAAAUACAAAAAAAAAAACAAUUCCCAUUGUGGUCGCUUUAAUAAAUAACACUUUUUCCUUCAAGAAGUUUUGAUUGUAUUUACAUUUUUAUUCAUGUGUGUCUCAUGAAUGGCUCAGAGAGGAGGAGUUAUUGUUCCCCUGACAUUUCAGUGCACAAUUAUUACAUACAGGUGGUAGGAACAGUGGGGAACACUCAGGAAGGAUUGGACUCGGGGUGGAAC